GUCGAACGUUCCGUUUGAAUAUCUGUGACGUAACGCAAGCUAAAAAAGAAAAAGACAAGGAAGCGUAUAUACCUGUCAUAUUCCAAGGCGAUGUGAUCGAGCGUACGUGUGCUUUGGACCAUUUCUGUAGUGAAGUGUCCCUAUCCAAAGACAUGGCAGAGCAAGGAACAGAUCACCACCACACAGCAGAUGACACGGGAAAAGAAGCUCAGUCCACAAAUAUGGAUCAUGUCUCGGCAUCAGAUGAGUGCAAACAAGAUGAGACUGAUGUUGUGAAGCAGCAACUGUUGAAAGAUUCAGCUUCAACAUCUGCAUCCACAAACAGAGGGACUAACGGCGACAAUGGUGAGCCUCACGUUGAAAGUAAGUAUAUAAUAUUACAACAGUUUCAAAAGAGGAUAGUGCCUCUCACAGAAGGAUCUUCGCCUCCAGAUGACGACACAACGCUGAAAGUGAAGGAGAACAGCACCCGACUUCCGGCUGAAGAAGGAAGUCAUGGUGAUUACGAGAGAGAGACAACAAGAAAUGAACAACUGACCGCGACAGCGGAGGAGAUUGCCAGAGAAAACGACCCUGGAGUGAUGAAUGCACCAGAAACAACCACACCACCAACCCUGGGUGGCAAAAAGGAAGACGAAGUAGAUGGACCUGAUGAGGAAACCCCAGACUAUAACACCACAAUCACUGACCCUAGAGAGGAUGAUGAGAGCUGCCCGGAGAAGGAAGAAGAGGAUAGACAGGAGAGCAUAUUGUCCCCACAGACAGAGGAUGUUGAAACCAUUGGUCCUGCCCCUCCGGACACUGCUGAUGCUGAACCUGUAGCUCCAGCAGUUAUUGGAAAUCGUGGAGUAAUGACAUUGCUAAUAGCAGUUGGUUUAGUGGGGUUGGUAACUAGCCUCCUGCUACAGCAUCUCUUCCAACCCACGUCUCCAUCUCAGAAAUAUGAAGUGCGGCAAAUAGACAUCUUCCUCAGGCAGUUGGAAAAAGUAAAGACUCAGUUCCCUAAUCAGCGUAAGGAGCUCUGGAAUAGGAGCAAGAUCCACCUGCUGAGGCACCUCGAGACAGCCCAGCCCACCGAGCCUGUCAGUCUGAUCCUGACUGCAGGCCACAGAGGUGAGAGGACACUGCGCUGCCUGGCUCGGAGCCUGGCCUCUGCCUUCUCUACCUCUCUCAACGCCUCCGUCCUCCACAUCGACGGAGCCAGCAAGGCCAGCCAGGACAGCGACCAGGUCAAACUGGACAUCGACAGCAAGCUGCAGGGAGCUUUCGAGGGCGACAAACCCGUGGCUGUCAUUAACCGCUUCGAGGAGCUGCCUCCAGGCUCCACUCUUAUUUUUUAUCGGUACUGCGACCACGAGAACGCUGCCUACAAGAAGACUUGUCUGAUCUUCACGGUGCUGCUGGGGGAAGAAGAGGACAUUCCUGCUGAGACACGUCUGAGUACUGUGGAAGAGAUGGUGGACGACCAUCUUCAGAAGAAGUUCCUCUCCGAUGGCCAUCCUCUAUCUUUUGACAGGAUGGACCUUGACAAGUACAGUGGACUGUGGAGUCGUAUUUCUCACCUCAUCCUGCCUGUGGCAGCAGAGGAAAGGAUAGAACAUGAAGGGUGCUAGGGGACAUAAAUAGUCACUCUUCAACUUUUAGUCCAAGCACUUAACUACCGCCUAUCUAUCAGAUUUUCUUACUGGGUGACUCGAGUCAUUCUGAGGCUACCAACAGUGGUUUUAAACACUCAAAGGUUUCUUACAAUUGCUAUAAUUAAACUCACUUCAGAUUAAGGCAUCAAUUAUAAAUGAGACACUUAAUAUUGUAAAGAUUAUGCUUUGGGAUGUUUGUAAAAAAAAAAAAAAAUCUCUGGACAUUCAUGGUGGUGCUUUCUUCUUGUAGUACUAUGAUCAAAUGUAAUUAUAGAUAAGAUGCAAGAUGGUUCAACUGGGGUCUUUGUGGAUUUUACAUAACAAGGCUCCAAAAGACAGAGCUAUUCUUUUGGUGUCACAACACAGGGUUUAUUAUUUUUAUGACAAAUAUCAUUUUCUGAUGCUCAAACCUAUAUGGCACCAAGUGCCUUAACCGAACUUCCUAUGUUCCUUUUUAUAUCCACAUAAACAUGUACCACACUGAUAAGAUAUGUAUAUGAUCACACUACAUGGAGUCUGAUGAAAAUAAGAGCAGGAAUUGGAUGUGCCUUAAAGUGCAAAUA